GCCCGCCGGCCGGCCGCCCCCCUCGCCGCCUCGGGGCGCUAUGAGCCAUGAAGCCGCCCGGCAGCAUCUCCCUGCGGCGGCCCCGCCGCCCCGCGCUCCUGCCGCUCCUCGUCGCGCCGCUCCUGCUGCUCCACGGCUCCGCCCGCUCCCGGGCUGCGGCGGCAGACGACCUGCACUGGAAUGAAACAGCAGGCAGAACUGAAGGGGUAUGGGCAGACGAAGAGAAUGCAUUUCAACUGAAUAAAAGUAACAACAGUGAAAAUAACAGCAACAGCAAUGCAAUUCAGAAGGAAAUCACACUGCCUUCAAGACUCAUUUAUUACAUCAACAAGGACUCUGAAACCCCUUAUCAUGUCCUGGAUACUAGGGCAAGGCACCAGCAGAGACACAACAAGGCUGUACAUCUGGCCCAGGCAAGUUUCCAGAUUGAGGCCUUUGGUUCCAAAUUCAUCCUUGACCUCACUUUGAAUAAUGAUUUGUUAUCUUCCAAUUAUGUGGAGAUUCACUAUGAAGAUGGGAAACAGAAGUUGUCUAAGGGUGGGGAGCACUGCUACUACCAUGGAAAUAUCAGAGGUAUCAAGGAUUCCAAAGUUGCUCUUUCAACUUGUAAUGGGCUUCAUGGCAUGUUUGAAGACAGUGCUUACGUGUACUUGAUAGAACCGAUGGAUUUGACUCACAGUGCAGAAAGCAGAAGUAGACCACACAUCAUCCAAAGAACUUCUGGAACACAGGCCUCCAAGCAGCUGCAGGACUAUGGGACUGAAUCUAGUUCCAAAUGGCCCUUUAUCUCUGAACUAUUGUGGCUGAAGAGAAAGAGAAGAAGGAGAGCAGCAUCUCGUGGUGUCUUUGAAGAAAUGAAAUAUCUGGAGCUCAUGAUUGUCAAUGACCACAAAAUGUUCAAAAAGCAUCGUUCUUCAAAUGCGUACACAAACAAUUUUGCCAAAUCUGUGGUGAACCUUGUAGAUGCUAUAUACAAGGAACAGCUGAACACCAGGGUGGUCCUUGUUGCUGUGGAAACUUGGACAGACAGAGAUCGUAUUAAUAUUCACCCUGACCCACUGCAGAUGCUUCAUGAUUUCUCCAAGUACCGGCAGCACUACAUCAAGCAGCACGCUGAUGCUGUGCACCUUCUCUCGAAUGUGACAUUUCAUUACAAAAGGAGCAGCUUAAGUUAUUUUGGAGGGGUUUGCUCUGUGACCAGAGGAGUAGGAGUGAAUGAGUAUGGCCUCCCAUUAGCCAUGGCACAGGAAUUAGCACAAAGCCUUGCCCAGAACCUUGGAAUACAGUGGGAGCCAGCUGCCAGGAAACCGAAGUGUGACUGCACUGAAUCCUGGGGUGGUUGCAUCAUGGAGGAAACAGGGGUAUAUCAUUCCAGAAAAUUCUCCAAGUGCAGCAUAGCAGAAUACAAAGAAUUUUUACUUCGUGGGGGAGGUGCCUGUCUUUUCAACAGGCCAACAAAGCUCUUUGAAACUACUGAGUGUGGAAAUGGUUAUGUAGAAGCAGGAGAAGAAUGCGAUUGCGGUUUUCGAAUGGAAUGCUAUGCAGACUGUUGUAAGAAGUGCUCUCUUUCUAAUGGAGCUCACUGUAGUGAUGGACCCUGCUGUAAUACAUCGUGUCUUUUUUUUCCACGAGGCUAUGACUGUAGAUAUGCUGUGAACGAAUGUGAUAUUGCAGAGUUCUGCACGGGAGAUUCUGGCCAGUGUCCACCAAAUCUUCAUAAACAAGAUGGAUAUGCUUGUGAUUCUAAUCAGGGACGUUGCUAUAACGGUGAAUGCAAGACAAGAGAUAAUCAGUGCAAAUAUAUCUGGGGAUCUAAGUCUUCAGGAUCUGACAAAUUUUGCUAUGAGAAGCUUAAUACAGAAGGCACAAAAAAAGGAAACUGUGGAAAGGAUGGAGACCGAUGGAUUCAGUGUAGCAAACACGAUGUUUUCUGUGGCUUUUUGCUCUGCACUAAUCUUACUAAAGUUCCACGAGUUGGUCAAGUUCAAGGAGAAAUUAUCCCAAAUUCUUUUUAUCAUCAAGGACGAAUAGUAGACUGCAGUGGUGCUCAUGUUCUUUUAGAUGAUGAUACAGAUUUAGGUUAUGUAGAGGAUGGAGCUCCAUGCGGUCCUCAAAUGAUGUGUCUGGACAAAAAGUGCCUGCCAAUUCAGUCCUUGAACAUAAGCAGCUGUCCCAUUGGUUCGAAUGGAAAAGUCUGUUCCGGUCAUGGGGUCUGCAGUAAUGAAGCCACUUGUAUUUGUAAUUUCUCCUGGGCUGGGACAGACUGCAGUAUUGAUGAUCCUAUCAGGGAUACUGGUAACAAGAAAGAUGAAGGAUCCAAGGGUCCUAGUGCCACCAAUCUUAUAAUAGGCUCCAUCGCUGGUGCCAUCCUGGUAGCAGCUAUUGUCCUUGGGGGGACAGGAUGGGGCUUUAAGUUAUCAGAUUUUCAUAUGAACAUACGGUACUGUGGUGUCAAGUCCAAAUCAAACAAAUGUCAAAAAACGAAGGUUCGAUCCAAGUCAACAAGGCCCUAUCUGAAGAAAUGCAAUUCAAAGAGCUGCUUCUUUCACUACUGGAUUUUGGGUAUGAUAUCUUUAGCUGUGCAGGAACUAAAUAAGGAAGAACAUAAACCAUAGCUACAACCGCAACGUUGAGAUGUUUGGAAUUGAGGAGAGAGAAAACUGUCCCUUUUGGAGAUAAGUUGAAAAUACUUCCUCCAUUCACCUUUCACUGGUUAUUAUUAACUGAUAAGUUAAUAGCAAACUAUUUCAAAAUCGGUUUUCUUUUUUUCUUUUCUCAAACAAAGGAAGAGACAAAGACCAAGUGCAAUAAGAGAACUAUUCAAAAAUCAUGAAAUAGCAGGAGAUUUUUUUCCAGCCUACAGGCACUCUAACUUCACUUGCGUUCGCAUGACUUCCUUUCUCUUAACAAACUCCAGUGGCAUGAGAAGCUAAUUUUGAAAGGGUAACCUGCAUGGCUCACAUUAUAAACAACCAAGCUAGCAAGCUGACCCCAAGCAGAAUCUGCAGCCCAAUAACUACAAACCACUGGGAAGCUGGUAGCAGACUCCAACUGAUCUUCGGCCACGCAGUGCAUUUUGUCACCAGGCCUUGGAGCUCCCUGCUCUAUGAGCUCCCUGCUCUAUGAGCUCACUGCCUUGCCAGACCAGGAGACUGUUGGAUAUGGAAGCAAGUGAGUGAUGGAUGGAGUUCUCCCGAGAAGGAAAAAGUGUAAAUAUGGAAAUAAGAUUUUGAUGUAUCAUUUUCACAGAUUAUAAAUAUAUAUAAAUAUAUAUAUAUACAGAAAAGGAUUUCCAUAUAAAAAGGUUCUAUUCUUUAUGUAAAUCUAUUUUUGAUGUUGAUUUUUUCUUUGUUUGUUUUUCUUUUUUUUUUUUUUUUUUUUUUUGCUCCCCUCUUAUUCUGUAGCAUGUUUUACAGCCAGUGCUCUGGACUUGCUCCAGAAAGGCAGAGAAUAGCAUGCAGAUGCAGGGAGUUCUAACACCAAACAGAUACAAUCCUAAGUUUGUGUGCUUGAAACUAAAAACAAUUGAAAUGUAUAAAUGCAUAUCUCUGUUUGACUGUAAGUCCGGAUUCCUUCUUCACUGAUUUUUUUGGCAGAUUUUCUGUAAUAUAAUGUAAGAAAGUAACACCCUCAAAUCAAUCACAGAAGUGCCAAGAUUUUUUUUUUUAAUUCUAGCUUUUUUUCCUCCAGUUGUCUAGAUCCUGCGAUAUACAAAUUUAAAUAAGCCUUAAAAUACUUGCAAAAUGUUAAAAGCUUGGAAUAAGUUUUUCUUCCCUUCUGCUUACUCAAACCAACUUGCAAAGAUAACUGACAUUUCUAAUGCACUCCCUGUAUCUCUUUGUUGCAUUCGACUUUUCCAAGUAUAAUGCAAAAAAAACAAAAAACAACAACAAAAAAAAUCUUUCUCACUCUGCUUCUCCUAGCUAGUUACAAAAUACACAAAAUGCAUAUAAUUUAUGGGGUGUUGUAUGCAAGAUGUAUCUAAAUAAUUACAAGCAGAUUAUUCAGAAAAGUGCUGGGCAGCUGUGCUGCUCCUGUAAGUAAGCAGGCUACCUGCAUGUCUGACAUGGGAAAGAUAUGAAGAGAGCUUGUUUAGGACUCCUUUAUAGGCCUUUGAGAUCUGGCUCGUCCUGUUUAACUUGAUUUUUAAAAAAAUACAUGGAGUAAAUCAUUUAAGUGAAGCAACCUAGAAAUUGUAUUGCUGCAACUGAUAGCCCAGAAGCAAAGACUUCUGUAAUUUUUGAUUUAAAGGUUGGAUAUUAGUAACUACAGAACUGAAGUUACGUGAGGUAUUCCAUCUAUUUUCAGCGGAAAUCCAUUUCUUAAGUUUGCUUUAGGAGCCAGAGCAUUAAGAAAAAUGCUGCAGAUUUCCUGUGACUGACUUUAAAAAAAGUAAUCUUUCUCAUUUCAGUUUUAUUUCUUAUGAUAACGUUGAAUCCAACAGUCUCACAAGAGAAUUACUACGUAUCGUUUUGGUUGACAAUUACUAUUAAAUGUUUUCAAACAGCUUUAACAAUCACAUUAAACACUUACUACAUUAGGAGUUAAAGGUGCUGCACACAGGUAGUCACUAUGGGUACAUAUUGGAAGUCAUAUCCUGAACAAUUCCUGCCUGGCCUGAAGCAGAACUAAUUUUUAUGGCAAACCAAAAAUCCUUGCAAAUACAUCGAUGUCUUAUAAAGUUAGUUUGCUUGGGAACAUGAUCCCAAGUUCCUAACAGUUCUGCUCCCAAAGCUGUGUAACCACAAUGGAAAUACUACUGGUUACCAAAAAUUAAAGUGAAUAAAAUCAACUGGAUGUAUGUACGCUACCUGUGUAAUAAACCUUUGAGAAUCAUUUCACAAACAACAUUGUAAAUGUGCGAUGUGAUGUUUUAAAUCAGACCACAGUGGUCCCCAACUCUAUGUACAUACAGUCAGUGCUGGAGUAACUUUUUAUUUACCCCAGCAGUUUCAUAGGAAUUACGAUUUCCUGACUGAGUUUACGCUCCACUCAUCAGCUGUUGCCUGUACAUGGAAGUACACAGUGGCUUUCUGCCCCACGUGUACAGAAUACAAGUGAUGACACAGCACAGAGCAGGUCGAGGCUGAAGUGCUUUCUGCGGCAUUAGACAAUAAAAGCUGUUGUAGUUAGGUGCUCAUUUUCUACACUCUGUCUUUGCUGCGCUUUGAAAGGUACGUGUGCAUUUAAUUUGUUCAUCACUGUCAUCAAAUGUCACUACCAGUAACGUCUGUGGUUCCCCCACUGUAUGUUUGCUCCAUUAUUUAUCUGUUCACCUGGACAAGAAACUGUGGUAACUGUACAGCUUAUUCCAGUUUGCAUGCUCUCACUGAAUUGAUGUGAUCCUAAAAGAGAAUUAAUUUGCUAGGCAAAUUAACAGAUGUAUAGGUGCAUGUUAAAGGGAUUAUUUAAGGCUGGAGUUUAACAAAUCUUUCUUUACUAUGCAAAGAUGGGUACUGCACAAAUUUAAGACAGAUGUCUGAGGAAAUGCCAUAGAAUACUUGAAGUCUAAGCCUACUCAGUCAUGUUCUAUAUUCAUUAUUGCUUCCACUAUUUUUCUUUCUUUUUAAGAUUAUUUGUAAUUAUUUUUAAGUGCACAACUUGAUGUUAAAUAUCAGUUUUUGUUGGAAGACAAUAUUCAUAUUUUGUUGGCUGCUAAUGAAUGGAAACUCAAUAGUCUUUGUUCUGCAUCUUAGCAAGAUUAAAAGAUUUCAUGAACAUGGAA